CACCGAUUUUUUAAAACUAAACUUGUGUAUUCGUUAGUGACAAGGAAGGCAACAUUGCUGUUUUACUGGUUGUCUAAAGGAAAAACCAUACUUCCGUCACACUUCUGUACAUUCAGCAGUACAAGUUUGUCCCCGGACCUUGGGUUUGCUGCUUUUAUUCUCACCGCUUUUCAACUGGCUUGCCUGGCAUGGUAGAACCUUGAGAAACGAUUGUUCCAGGCAGUAUAGCUCAAUUGCUUUAUCACGAUAGGCAAGCCCGACCACCACAUCAAGGUAGUAGCAACGGUUGGGUCUUAUCAGAACUCUAGAAAUCCCUCUCGAAACUAGACAGUUGUCAGUAUACAAUUUUUGUGCAAAAAACGCAAAGAUUGUUUGAUUUGAUAUUUGUUUUUGCUGUGCAACGUUAUAGGUUGAUUAAAGUUGAAAAUAAAGACAAAUAAAACCCAACUCAUCGGUCUGAAUGUCAAGUGCUUGUUAUGUAACUUAAAGAUAUACAAAAACUAAUAUAACUGAAGAAAAAUCAUCAUUCAUGCCUAUUCAACAUUUUCCUUUGGAAACAACUAAUUGUACUCCAUCACCAUCAAUUCGAAUAACCAAUGGAACUGGAUGUAAAGUAUUGAUUGCUAUUACUGUUCCAACACGUAAUUGGAAAUACAUAUUCAAAGUUCGUACAGAUAUAUUAAUUGGUGAAUUAAGAAAACAAGCAAUUGAAACAUACAAUUUAAAAGAAUUAGAUUUUAUUAAUUAUGGUUUAUAUUUACCACCAGAAAGUGGUAAAAAAGGCAAAUUUUUACAAGAUGAAAGAACUAUAUCAGAAUAUCCACAAUUAGUUGCUAUGAAAUUAAAUCCUUAUAAUGAUAAUCAAUUAUUACGUGAAAUAGAAUCAAAUGGAUCAACGAAUGAUAAAAAAUCUAAAGAACCUGUUGUAUUAGAGCUUCUACCAAAAAUUCGUUUUGUUGAAGAAUAUCGUCUAGAGGGAUCCAAAUCAACAACUAAACGAAUUCAUUCCAAAUCUUGUAAUGAUAUCAAAGCCUCUACAGAACAGAAAGCUCCAAUCAAUAGUAACUUGAAAAUAAAUGGUCAUGAAUUUGAUGAUGAUGAAUCAGAUUCAUGUUUAAUUUAAUCAACAAAAGAAAUAAUAAAUAAUGAUUACAUAAUUAUAAAAAGUAUUUCAGUGAAAUAAUCAAGUUAGUUCAUCAAAAAAAAAACAAAAAAAAACAACGUUUUUUCUACAGAUUUCAAAUUCAAUUAAUCGUAUAGGAAAAUAUUGACGAAACCAUACACCCACACGCACACCCACACUCUCGCACGCACACACACACACAGACAAACAAAUAAAUAAGUAAACAAACAAUAAUUUAUUUGCAUUUAUUCAAAAAUUCUUUGUUACUUAUUUUAUAGUCUACUUUUUAUAUUACUAAUAAAUCAUGAACAAUACUACUGAUAUUCAUUAUUUAUCAUUAUGAUCAUGAUCAUGAUCAUCAUUCGCAUCAUCAUUGUGUGUGAAAUAUAAAGAUUGAUUUAUAUAUAUAAAUGAAAUAAUAUUACAUCAUAUAUACAUAUAAUACAUGUUCAAUAAUGUACUUGAAUAACAUUGUAACAAGAAGGCAAUCUGUUAUUAUCAUAUCAUUUAUGUUGCUUAUUUAAACAAUCAUAAAUCAUAACAUUGAACAUUGAAUAUUCAAUAUUGAACAUUGAAUUUAUUAGUCAAUGAUUGAAUAUUUUUUUGGUAAGAUUAUAAUUUAUGAACGAACUAAUCAAAUAUUAAAUAGAAAGUUUUGAGAUUUUAGGCGCAAAAUUUAACCUGAUCCAAUUUGGUAAAAUAGAAACUUUUUUUUUCUGAUGUUAGUUUAUGAUACAAAAAAAAACACCUCGAAAUCUAUUUGUGAACCUUUAAUCAUUAUGUGUAAGUGAUAAUUUGAAUUCUUCAUUACAUGUUCAUAAUCUUCAGUUUGAUCUUGAUUAUGAAAUGAACACACUCAUGGUUAGUUUGGCAUCAUUCAGACGUGAAUCAUAAAUGAUAGUCUCAUGAAUAUUUUUC